AUGUCAUCAUUUGUAUUACGUCGUCUUGCUAUAACAUGUCGUCCGAUUUAUAAUCGACGUACAAUUACUACUAGCUCACCGCUUCUCAACGAUCCAAAUCAACAAAAUAGUAGUGCAGCAAGUGCAACUGAUGCUCCACGAACCAUAACUCUCAUUCCAGGUGAUGGUAUUGGUCCAGAAAUUUCCGCUAGUGUCCAAAAAAUCUUUGAAGCCGCAGGUGUACCACUCGCUUGGGAGUCAGUGGAUGUAACACCUGUUAGAUCGCCUGAUGGAAAAUUUCGCAUUCCACUUCGAGCCAUUGAAUCAGUAACAAAAAAUCGUAUCGGUCUCAAAGGACCAUUAGCAACACCGGUUGGCAAAGGACAUCAAUCUCUUAAUCUUGCUCUACGUAAACAAUUUAAUUUAUUUGCCAACGUACGACCAUGUAAAACUCUUGAAGGUUAUGCAACACCCUAUACAAAUGUUGAUCUCGUUACAAUACGUGAAAAUACAGAAGGUGAAUAUUCAGGUAUUGAACAUACAAUUGUACCAGGUGUUGUUCAAAGUAUUAAACUUAUUACUGAACAUGCAUCAUUACGUGUAUGUGAAUAUGCAUUUCUCUAUGCCAAAACACAUAAACGAGAAAAAGUAACAGUUGUUCAUAAAGCAAAUAUUAUGCGACUUUCUGAUGGUUUAUUUUUAAAAAGUGCUCGCGAAGUUGCUGAAAAAUAUCCCGAAAUUAAAUUUGAAGAAAUGUAUCUUGAUACAGUUUGUUUAAAGAUGGUUCAAGAUCCAACUCAAUUUGAUUGUUUAGUUAUGCCAAAUUUAUAUGGUGAUAUUUUAAGUGAUCUUUGUGCUGGCUUAAUUGGUGGAUUAGGUUUAACACCAAGUGGUAAUAUUGGUGAAAAUGGUGCUGCUAUUUUUGAAGCUGUUCAUGGUACAGCACCAGAUAUUGCUGGACAAGAUAAAGCAAAUCCAACGGCAUUACUUUUAAGUUCAGUUAUGAUGUUAAGACAUUUACAUAUGUUCGAUAAAGCUGAUCGUAUUGAAAAGGCUUGUUUUGAUACAAUUCGAGAUGGAAAAGCACUCACCGGUGAUUUAGGUGGUAAAACGAAAUGUUCCGAAUAUACAGCUGAAAU